GUUUUCGUGUACGCUUGCCGCGUUGCAUAAGUUAUUUUUGAAAUAAAUCAAAACAAUGUAGAAAUAUAUUUCAAUUGAACUUAUGUAAAUCAUAUUUUUUCAGAGCAAAAAUGGAUUCGGAUGAAGUUCGUCUACAUGCGUGCAAUAAUCAUCGUCAAAGUUUACAGAAUGAAUUUAUCCGACUCGAUAAAACCGAGUUGUAUAAUGAUACAAGGAUAAUUUGCCAGGACGGAGAAUUCGGAACCAACUCGCUAAUCGCUGCCCUGAGUUUCCCUCAACUGUACGCUUGUCCCGCAUUUUUCUCGCAUCAGCUGAACGAGAAAACUGUGAUUUUCCCGAGUUUAUCUCGAGCUGAUGCACUGCAACAGGUUGAAGCCCUCCUAUGUACUUGCGAGGAACUAAUUAAAGCUGAAUUUGUUGAAGAGCUUGACAUAGAUGAUGUAAUUACCGACCCGUACGAGGAAUACAGGGAGACGGAUUUGAACAAAGUUUGGUUAAACGAACCCUACAGGAGUUGUUUCAAGGACCAGGAGGACUCGACAACCCAGUGUGCUCGGUGUAACAUAUUUUUAGAAACUACGCCAGAGAACAAAGUUGAGGUAAUUAUUAAUCACGUGAAGAAAACUCAUCCUUGGAUGAAAGUAACAGCUAAGUGUCAAUCACUUCUCAAUGAAAAAUCAGGAGAAUGGAUAAGAGAGAAGAUGGAACCCAGGAAAGAUAUUGUUCGGAAACGUUUUACUAAGAACUACGAAACUGUGAACGAAGCCGGGAUGUUGGAGAGAAGUUUUCGGUGCAACAUGUGUCAUUUAAAGAUUAAAGUUCAUGGACAAGUUACAAACAUUCUAACCAAACAUCUGCAGAGGUUUCAUAAAGGAGCAUUGAGAGAGAAAAAGUUGCACACAAAACGUUCCAGAUCCCCCGAUAUGUCCUCCUGGUACCAACACUCCGAAGACGAAAACCAGCGUGUGAAGUAUUCCUGUCAAGAAUGCGGACACGAAUCCUACGAUUCAUCCUCAAACAAAUUAAUCAAUCAUAUGGUGAUGAACCACCUAGAGAUGUUUAAACGGACCUGCUUCCCCUGUCAGCUCCCUGUGGAGGAUGAAGAGGAAGAUCUGGAAACUUGCUCGGAAUGCGGGAGCAGGUUUCACGGAAAAUGCGCGAAGUCUGAAUCAGCUGAUGAUGAUGAUUGGUGUCCAAUAUGCGCUAGUGUGAUGCGGGACAAGUCUAGCAGUACAGUGUGCCCAGAAUGUGGAAAAGAGAUCAAAGACUUGAACAGACAUAUCAAACGAUUCCAUCUUGGAGAACUGACGGAACCCCCGGUACAAUGUGAUAUAUGUAAACGGCAGUUUAAAAGAAAAUGUAAUCUAAACGAACACUUGAAGAUGGUACAUCAGAAAUUAAUCCGGUUUCACUGUAAAUUCUGUGAACGAGGAUUUUACAAUAGAACACAGUUGAAAAGACAUGUUAAAAUCAUGCACAUGAAUCUACGUGUCGAGGGCCAAGUUGCAUGCCCCGAAUGCGGGAAAGAAAUGCUAAAAAGCACGAUAAAAAAACACCUGCGUACAGUGCACCAAGGAAUUAAAACAGAUGACCGGGCUUGCUGUGAGGAAUGCGGGAAACAGUUUACGCAACGAGGUUCUUUGUUUAUACAUAUGAGGAAGGCACACGGAACGGAACCGGAGGUGAGCAGGAACAAGUCGAACCACAGUAAGGUUCGCUUCUUCGUCGAUCCAACCCUGAUCGGAGAAGUUUAUCCAGAACUUAAACCAUCCUAGAAAUCUAUAUAUAUACUUUGCUUGUCUGUUUUUAUCCAUUAAACGACUGAACCAAAUUUUUUGUGGGACCUUACAU